GUCAGAAGACCUUGACAUCCCCCUCGGAGUCUGCGCCCUACCGCCAAGCGAGCGAGCGAGCGAGCCAGCGCGGUGUCCCAGCCUCCAUCCGUCUAACUCGUCGCACAAUGUUUUUAAUAAUUCACAAGGCUGCUCGUCGUUCGUCGCGUGCAAAUUCCAAGACUUUCGACUGAUCCCACCAUCUACAGGGAUGCACUGAUCCCUCUAUCAGUGCUGAUAUUGUACAGCUGCACUUGGACUUGGGACUACCAGCCGGACAUAUCACAUCCAGGCAGUUUGCCAUGGCGACGGUAGUAAUGGAGCAGAUCGGCCGCCUGUUCAUCAACGCUCAGCAGCUGCGUCAAAUCCCCCAGCUCCUGGAGUCGGCCUUCCCCACGCUGCCUUGCACCGUCAAGGUGUCCGACGUUCCUUGGGUGUUCCAAGAGCGCCACAUCCUCAGCGGCUACAGGCAGCCGGACCACAGCUGGCGGUACUACUUCCUGACCCUCUUCCAACGGCACAACGAGACCAUUAACGUGUGGACCCAUCUGCUGGCCGCCCUCAUCAUCUUGGUGAAGUGGCAGGAGAUCUCGCAGACGGUGGAUUUCUUGCGAGACCCUCACGCUCAGCCCCUCUUCAUCAUCCUCCUCGCCGCCUUCACCUACCUCUCCUUCAGUGCCCUCGCUCAUCUCCUGUCUGCCAAAUCGGAGCUCUCUCACUACACCUUCUACUUCCUCGACUACGUGGGGGUGGCCGUGUACCAGUACGGGAGCGCCCUGACGCACUAUUACUACGCCAUCGAGGAGUCUUGGCACACCAGAGUGCAAGGGUUCUUUUUACCCGCCGCCGCUUUCCUGGCCUGGCUCACGUGCUUUGGCUGCUGCUACGGCAAAUACGCCAGUCCCACCCUGCCAAAGCUGACGCACAAGCUUUUCCAAGUGGUGCCCUCGGCCUUGGCCUACUUUCUGGACAUCAGUCCCGUGGCGCACCGCAUCUACGCGUGCUACCGCGAAGGCUGCUCCGACCUGGUCGUGGUGUACCACCUGUACCAAGUGCUCUUCUUCCUCAUCGGCGCCUACUUCUUUUCCUGGCCCCACCCGGAGCGGUGGUUCCCGGGGAAGUGCGACUUCAUCGGGCAGGGCCACCAGAUCUUCCACGUGUUCGUCAUGGUCAGCACGCUGGUGCAGAUCGAAGCGCUGCGGGUCGACUUCACCGAGCGGCGGCCGCUCUACGAGCGACUCCACGGCGAUCUGGCGCACGACGCCGUCGCGCUCUUCAUCUUCACCACCUGCUGCAGUGCCCUCACUGCUUUUUACGUGCGCAAGCGCGUGCAGGCGUCGCUCCAUGAAAAACACACUUAAAUAAUGCAAUGUUGCCGACGCAUAUUGCUCUGCAGCGACCAGUGAUAUUAAUUUCAUCUUUUUUCUUUUUUUUUUUAAACAGAGACUUCUUUCUUGUCAUCUGCCAAACUAGUUUGAAGUGAGUAAGUAUUUGUCAGCAUUGGGUUUGUCGAAUCCCACACAUCACGUUCACUUUUUGUGCGCUUGGUACACAUUUUGAUACAUCUCACCAUGCGCUUAUGAUAUCCUCCCCCAUUAGAGAUUUAAUAUUAUUCAAGAAAUACAUUAAAUGCACCUGAUAGUUUUGAUUAGGAAGUUUCAAGGCCCCAAAAAUGUAUCAUAAACAAAACUGAGGAAGGAUAACACCGGUUGACCCUUGGCCUUAACUUUUAUUUAUUUUUUUUAACUUUUUCCAUCCGCUAAUGCACAUUUUCUUUACCUGUACAGAAAACUGAUUUAUCAUAAUGUUUAUUGCAAACAAACAAUGAAUUGAACCCAGCGUAUUUAAUUUAAUACUUUUAAGUUUAUUAACAUUUUUCUUUGCCUAUUCCCGUCUUAUUUUGAUGUGGGCCCUUGAAUUAUGCUUCUUUUCAUGUUUUCUGUUACACACAGCCCAGACAAAGGGAAGCAUACACUUGAGGAAAGUUGAAAAUUUGUAUUAAAAAUGUCGCAGCUCUUAAAUGCUACAUUUAGGUGACAAUAUUUGAGUCGUGAGCUUACUAACGUCUUUUUGUUACAACAAUAUUGUUACUUACACUCAAUGGGGUUGAAGUUCAGCUUUGGACUUUUGACACCCCCGUCUGUAAAUUUCUGACUUUGUUUUUGUAUGAUGAAAUUGUACGUGCCUCCUCAGCAUGUUUAUGUAACGCGGACGUUGCGGCGUGACCGCUUUCCCGGCACGGUAAGCAUCGAAAUAUUUCUCCUGAAAAUCUGCCAUUCAUCACUUCGCUGCCCACCUAAUAGCACUCAGAUGAUGAAUGCAUAUUUUUCCGAAGGACUUCAGUGCUUUUCUAUUUUGCCGCGCGCAUUCAAACGUUUCAAUCUCUCCGUGCUGACCAGAUGACAGCGCGAUCGUUAUUAAUACAUUUUUUUCGUCGUCUCGAUGCACCGUUGCUCCGAAGCGUCCAUUAAUUUUGGCUCUUGCCGCAGAUGACACUGAUGAUGUUUUAGCUUUCAAAAAAUGUUCAACGUAAUCUCCCAAGAAUGAGUUUCAUUCAUCACAGCACUCUGUACUUGGUGUUUAUUGAAUGUGUGUUUUUUUUUUUUUUUUUUCUCAAACGCUGGCACUGAUGGAAAAAUAAUUUCAGCGAGAACUUAACUGAUGUCUUGACAGAAACACACGGUAACUUAAACUGAGAAUCUGUUGACUUGUGGUGCACUUCUGAAUCAACACUGUACAUACUGUGGUUAACCACGUUGGCUAUGUUUACAUGCAUGUUUUGUUUUCUUUUCUACUGUUAUUGUGGGUUCACUGUUGUUUGCGUUGAGGUUUUGACACACGGGGGCUCUAUUUUCGAGACCGGCGUAAAUCUGCACGGAGGUGAUUUAGUCAUUUGUUGGUCAUUUUGUCGAACACAAGCUGACUUGUGCAAGAGAGAGAUGUCAGCGGCGAUGCGGGUGUGAUCGCAACUGAUUUCAGUUAUGCCCUAUCAAAGCGGAUGCUCUCAUUCCCUUUAAAUAUGGGAUGAUGACAGUCUUGCGUGGGAAGGAGGAUGAUGCGUAAUCGUCACGUGUGUGGCAGCAUACAGAACGAGUUAAAAACAGAACGGGCUGACGAUCACUACUAGUAAUCGAAAUAGGUCAGCGGAACGUGUAUCUUUCCCUACACUUGAUGGUUUGGUGUACCCCCCUCCUCUUGGAGCUUGCAAAUCCAUCAGAGUGUGUUCCUGGUUAAACUCACUGAAAUCACGAGACCAACGGUGCACCAUCUGCGCCGGAGACACUUAGACCAGUGGUCGGGAACCUUUUAGGCUGAGAGAGCCACAAACGCCAAAAUGUAAUUUCAAAAGAGCCAUGCAAUAUUUUAAAAACUAAAUACAGAUGUAUUUGAGCAUUUAUGUCCAAACAACACUUUUAGAGUACAAUAAGUCUCUGAAUUCUUUUAAGUAACAGUUAUCAUGUUGCUAACCAUUCAUUCAUCUAUUAUCUACCGCUUUUCCGGGUCGGGUCGCGGGGGAAGUAGCUUCAGCAGGGAUACCCAGACUUCCCUUUCCCCAGCCACUUCUUCCAGCUCUUUCGGAGGGAUCCUCAGGCGUUCCCAAGCCAGCCGAGAGACAUAGUCUCUCCAGCGUGUCCUGGGUCGUCCUCGGGGUCCCUUUCCGGUGGGACAUGCUCGGAACACCUCACCAGGGAGGCGUCCGGGAGGCAUCCGGAUCAGAUGCCCCAGCCACCUCAUCUGGCUCCUCUCAAUGCGGAGGAGCAGCGGCUCGACACUGAGCCCCUCCCGGAUGACCGAGCUUCUCACCCGAUCUCUCAGGGAGAGCCCGGACACCCUGCGGAGGAAACUCAUUUCGGUCGCUUGUAUGCGGGAUCUUGUUCUUUCGGUCACGACCGACAGCUCAUGCCCAUAGGUGAGGCUAGGAACGUAGAUCGACUGGUAAAUUGAGAGCUUUGCCUUUGGACUUAGCUCCCUCUUAACCACAGUGGACCGAUACAAAGUCUGCAUCACUGCAGACGCUGCACCGAUCGAUCUCCCGCUCCAUUCUUCCCUCACCCGUGAACAGGACCCCAAGAUACUUGAACUCGCCCACUUGGGGCAGGAGCUCGUCCCCAACCUGGGGCGGGCACGCCAGCUUUUUCCGACUGAGGAUUUCCGAUUUGGAGGUGCUGAUUCUCAUCCCAGCCACUUGACACUGCUGCGAAUCACUCCAGUGAGAAGCCAACAGAACCACAUCAUCUGCAAAGAGCAGAGAUGCGAUGCUGAGGCCACCAAACCGGACACCCUCUACGCCUCGGCUGGGCCUACAAAUUCUGUCCAUAAAAGUUAUGAACAAAAUAUGUGACAAAGGGCAGCCUUGGCGGAGUCCAACUUUCACCGGAAACUAGUCCGACUUAUUGCCGGCAAUGUUGCAAUCUUGCUAACCAUUGAUGACAAACGCACUUCUUACCAUGAAUGUGACUUUUGGUUUUGCUGAUGGCUUUAUAGUCAAUCAUACGUCGUUAGAUUAAGCUUCACGCUGGGGUUGAGACUUCCAUCCGUUAAUCGUAGACGUAAUUCGAUUUGCCAUCAUGAAGGUGAACAGUUCUCGGCAACAAUAGCAUGUCUUUUAUUCGUUUGAUCAUCUUGUCUUUAUGCGAAAAGUUGUCUCCAUUGGCAACAUCAGGCACGAAUACUUUGGUGUACUCCUCCAACUGUGAAUGGCGGUUCAAGUCUUGCCGAAAACUGUAGAACGCCCCAUCUUUUUUUUCUUUGAGCGAUCGUUUGCACAAUUAGUUGUCACUAUCUACUCUGCCUUGGACCCUUCUGCUCCUGCGCACAUCGACUGCUACGGUGAACUACGGCAACCCCACUGGGACAAACUGUCUCUGCUCAUUUGCGUUGCCUACGUGACAGAAAUGACAUUGUACAGGAUGUAGUGAUGAGGACUUUGCGAGCCAUGUGCAACAUCAAAUGAGCCAGACAUGGCUGGCGAGCCAUAGGUUUCCGACCCCUGCCUUAGACGUUGGUCUCGUCAGGUGUACGUUUUUAAGAGUGACUAUCUGGAACUGGAUUUUCUCAUCACCCGGUGUACCUGAAAGGACACACCCUAGUUUGGUCGGACCCUCCAACUUGUUGCAGACCCGUCCGCCGAAUUGGCAAACGUGUAGCGAGCCUCGCGCCUGCACGCAAAUAGACGCACGGCAGUUUUUGCACUUUGGCGCAAAUGCGUCGUCUGUGAAAAUAGAGCCCCGAGAGUACUGUGGGAGGGUUCAGAAAAGAAAAACACAAGAACUAGAAACCAGAGAUUUCGUCUUUUGGUCCAUCUAAAUCAUACAUGGGAGUGUUUUAUAUGUUUGAAUCAAUUAUUUAUAAAAGUUACGAUAUUCUAUCCACAAAUGACCAAACUUAAAAAUGAAACAGGUCUUUCUUUUUUGUACGUGUUUUGAGUAUUGAGCAGGUUUGUGAGCAGUAUUUUUUUUUUUUUUAAUUUUAAUUUUAUUUUUUUGUUGCAGUUGACACAUUGUCACCUAUUAUCUAAAUUGCAUGUUGUGAAAAUAACUGGAAUGUGGGCAGCAGUGUGUAAAAGUGAAUAUGUGAACAAAAGCCUCUUAACGAUGCCACCCAGGUUUGCCUUCAUUAUAGAAAGCAGGCUGAGAGGGACCAGAAUGUCUUCUGCCUCUUGAUCGACUGUACUAAUGUUUCAAAGAAGUAAAGUGUUGGAUUACUUUAAA